AUGAAAUGUUUGCAGGUGUGCCUGGGAAAGUUCCACAGCAUAUGGGUGUGCGAGGCUGGCGGGGGCGAGGUGUGGUGCGGGGGGCAGACCGCCAGGGCGGGCGGCCCGAACUGCACGGCGCUUCGCCCCGCACCGCUACGUUUGCCGGAGCCCUGCAUUUCUGCAGCCAUUACUCUCACUUCCACCAUCUUUCUUCUGCAGAAUGGCGCGGUGCUCCAGUACGGCCUCAACAUCGCCGACAACGUCAGCUCGUCGAACGCGAAGACGCCCUCCGUGAUAAAGCUGGCGGCGGUGAAGCCGGCGCUGAAGGUGGCCGAUCCGCUGGGGGUGUGCGCGGGGCGGGCUCACGCCGUCGCGUGGAACCCGCGCGCCCUCUACACAUGGGGGACUAAUAUGGGCCAGCUCGGGCACCCGCAAGAGGACCGGCUGGUGGCGACACCGAAGCGCGUAGCCGUAUCUAUAAACACUAAAGAUCAGGCGGAAAUCCAACUGGUGGCUACGUCGGACGCCGCUACGAUUUUUACAACAAGCCGCGGGGACGUUUACUUACUUCAUAAGUACAUAUGCAAGAAAAUCGCGAUCAAGCAAAUCAACUUGCGUCAAGUGUGCGUUGAAAGCAAAGUGAACGAUCAAGGUGUGUAUUCGCGAGUCACCGCCUUGUUGCUCACCAAAGUUGGGCAAUUGCACAUUUGGCAGGAUACUAGCAACAGGAUCACCAGAUGCGUAUUCGGUCUCAACCACCAAACGCUCAUACGUCACGUCGCUUUAACGCACGACGCUAUGUACUUCGUGACCAACUACGGCGAGGCGUACGUCGGCACCAUUUCGCGCAAAACGACGCCCGCCCCCCAACAGCAGCCCGCUAGGAGGGAGAAGGAUAGCGACCCCGACAAAUCUGCGCUUGUCAAGUUCUUGGAGAAGGACGACUGCACCCCAGUUAGGAUUGUCAAGAUACCGAACAUUCAUCGGGCCGUGUCUAUCUCCGUUGACAACGAAGGGCUGAACUUUGCCUGUUUGCAAAUUAAACCUACCUGUGGUUUAACUUCCUUUCCCGAGCUUUCACCAUCAAGCCUUUUAAAACAUAUGGAGUCACUUUUGGAAACUGCUUCUGAUGAUGAUUUAUUACAUGAUGUUAUAUUUAAGGUUGGGACAAAAUUAUAUCCAGCUCACAUAUUCAUAGUAGCUUCAAGCAGUGAGCAUCUAUACAAAUUGUACGAAGAAUCACGCACAAACGACAACGAAAAACCUAUAGUCACAUUAGAUAAUGUUCAUCCUGAAGUGUUUGAAAGAAUUUUGAGAUACAUGUAUAUUGGUACCUGCGACGUUGCCGAACUAGGGCCAUGCGGUCUAAAGAUAAGGAGAGAAGAUCUACCAUCAGUAGUGAAGAAAGAAAAGGAAAAUGUUGAUAUCGAAAUUGAUGCUAUUGAAAACCCCAUGGAAGUAACGGCAUUCGAAGUAUAUAAGCAGCAGAAUGAAAAGAGCAAGCGUUCAGGACGAAACCGACGCAGUACCGAGACGCCAUCACGUACGCAUUUGUACUGCGACCCCGUCAAAUUGGUACAGGCAACUGCUAAAAGACUUCAAGUAAUGAAUCUACAUAAACUGCUUGACAAAUACUAUUACAGGGAUGGCACCAUUUACUUGAAAGAAAGUGCAACUUACACUAAAAAUACACCGCAAAGCUGGAUAUGUGACUCUUUUCCAGAGCUAGUUGAUACCAAUGUGUGUUCAAAGGAUGGUACAUUGAUACCAGCACAUAAGUGCAUACUGGCAGCUAGGCUAGAAUAUUUCCAGGGAAUGUUCAUGCAUUCUUGGUCUGAGAGUAAAUCAAUGUCAACUGUGACACUACCAAUUAACUAUGGGAUACUAUUGCCCGUUGUCAAUUUCCUUUACACAGACACGUGUCCGGAAAUUGAGAACUCGGACAGCAUAGAUUUCAUUUGCAGCAUGCUUAUUGUUGCCGACCAACUGUUUAUAAGUCGCCUUCGAGAGAUGUGCGAAAUGACGCUUGCGGGCUUAAUAACACUAAAAAACUGCUCGGAACUUUGCCAGUUUGCUCAUACAUACAAUGCGUCGCAGCUCAAGCAGUGCUGUAUGGAAUACAUUUCGCUCAACAUUGCCAACAUACUUGAGAACCGAUCCCUUGACUUGUUGGAGGAAACUCUCCUGGAAGAUAUUUCAAAAUACUACUGCAAAUUCAAUCCAAUCAUGUCGUCUAGAGUCAUCACACCUUUCUUCAACUCUCCUAGUGAUGAAGUUAUUGAUGAAUGUGCAAAAAAUUACCCGGUCGAUCUGAACUUUAUCGAUGAUGAUUUGAAAAAAGAUGAUAGCUUAAUAGACACUAAGAAAAAAAAUAGACCGUCAAAAAAAAUUGACUACACAGAGAGUGAAAAGGCCAGAAUGAGAUAUGAAUCCGUAAGCUCGGUCACGUCAUUGGACUUAUCUAAUGAAAACUCCGGAGACGUAACAUUGUCUUUGAGUUCGAUAGGAAAAGGCGAUGAGAAAAAUGAGAAAAUGAAAGAUAAGUGGAUAGAGGUGCCUUCGGCUCAGCAAAAGCAACAAAAAGUUAUACAAGCAAGAAUAAAAGCAAUUUCAACAGCUAAAGAUAUUCUUAAUGAAAAACCCACUGAAACCUUUAUUAAAUUAACUAAGAACAAUUCAUUUAGUGCCUUGAAUAGUCCUACCAAACAGUCACCAAGCACAUCCCGUAUGUCAGAGUCUCCUAAGGAAAUACCAAUUUCUGAAUUUAGUUGGAGUUCAAACAACAACUUAAUCGUAAAUCACAUUGGUCCUAAACUUUCCCAAAAGCAGCGAAAGAAGUUGGCCAUGCAAGGAAAUGAAUUGCCCAGUCAGCAAAAUCUAGAUGUGUACUUAACAAGCAAACUAAAUUUGGCUAGUCCAGAUAAACCCAAGAAUCCUUGGAAAAUUUGUGAAGCGCCUGCUGCAAAUAGUAGCCCUAAGGCCAAACCUGUUGAAUUCAACCAAAUUUUAGCUGAUCAAAGAAAGCAAAAAGAUGAUUUUUCUAGGAUCAUGACAAAACCCCUUGCGCUGACACAGCUUGAAGAUAAGGCAAUUGAAGAAUUGGAGAAAUUUUAUAAUGUGCAUGAGAUUGAUGAUGAAUUGAUAACUGUGAGACGAAUCGAGCUUCAAGUUUCUUCGCCACAAUGGAUUCACACUGCCCCUAAG